AACCAAAGAUCUCAAAGAUUUUGAUGAGUAGUUUUGAUGAGUUGGAUGAGUUAGAGAAGAAUAUAUUUCUUGACAUAGCGUGUCUCUUCAAAGGGGACUUCAAGGAAGAAGUAGAAGAAGUUUUAAGUUGCUUGUAUAAGGGUGCAACGUGUGGAAUAAACAAUUUGCUAGACAAGUGUCUACUUCAUAUGGAUUCUGAUGGGCGGAUUUCUAUGCAUGAUAUGCUUGAAGAGAUGGGGAAGGGCAUUGUUCACCGAGAAUCUAAGAAUCCUAGAAAGUGCAAUAGGUUAUGGAGUCUCGAAGACAUGAGCCAAGUGUUCAAAUAUAAUAAAGUGAAUAAAUCAAUUGAAGGAAUAAAACUUUUCGUUUAUCGAAUUGAAGACCUGCUGUUAUUAUGUUCGGGCUUUGAGAAUAUGCAUAAUCUUAGAUGUAUCAUCCUUUAUACUUGUCCUUCGUUCUUGUUUCAACAACUUGCCGUAGACAAAGUUGAUAGUGUAUCUUUUUCUGAUGAGCUAAGGUAUCUUCGUUGGGAAUUUUGUCCCUUGAAAUCCUUAUCAUCAAAUUUUAAUCCAAAGAAUCUUGUUGUGUUGAAACUAAGUGAUAGCUACAUAGAACAACUUUGGAAGGAAGAUCAUCAGGAUCUUGAUAAUUUAAGGUCAAUUGACCUUUCUGAUUGCAAGAGACUAAGGAAGAUCCCUAAUCUAUCAGGAGCCAUCAACCUUCAAACCCUUUGCUGCAAUGGAUGUGAAAAUUUGGUUGAACUAUCUUCUCUCAAUCAAUUGACAUCUCUUCAACGUCUUGACCUUUCUCAUUGCAAGAGUCUAAGGAAGAUCCCUAAUCUAUCGGGAGCCGUCAACCUUCAAAGCCUUUGCUGCCAUAGGUGUGAAAAUUUGAUUGAACUACCUUGCGUCAAUCAGUUGACAUCUCUUCAAAGCCUUGACCUUUCUCAUUGCAAGAGUCUAAGGAAGAUCCCUAAUCUUUCAGGAGUCAUCAACCUUCAAAGCCUUUGCUGCUAUAGGUGUGAAAAUUUGAUUGAACUACCUUGCCUCAAUCAUUUGGUAUUUCUUGAAAGCCUUGAACUUUCUCAUUGCAAGAGUCUAAGGAAGAUCUCUAAUCUAUCAGGAGCCAUCAACCUUCAAAGCAUUUUCUUCUGUGGGUGUGAAAAUCUGGUUGAACUACCUUGCCUCAAUCAUUUGGAAUCUCUUAAACGCCUUGACCUGUCUUGUUGCAAUAAUUUAAGGAAGAUUCCUAAUCUAUCCGGAGUUAUCAACCUUCAAAGCCUUUGCUUCAAUGGGUGUGAAAAUUUGGUUGAACUACCAUGCCUCAAUCAUUUGACAUCUCUUAAAGAGCUAGAAUUGAAGGGAUGUCAUAAUCUCAAGAAGUUUGCUGAGCUCCCAAAUCAUUUUUCUGAGUUACGUUUAAGAUACACUGAAAUCGAAGAAGUGCCGGAUUCAAAUCGACUUCUUAUAAUGUUGAGAAGAGAGUCAAGGAUAGAAAAUGUAUCAAGCAGUAUUUCAAAGUUGGAAUCCCUUCGCGUUUUGGAUCUUGAGGGUUGCGAAAGGCUUACAACACUCUCAGGGCUUCCACGAUAUCUGUGGUGCUUGGUUGCAAAUAAUUGCACAUCAUUGGAAAAAAUAUCCUUCACCGAUUAUAAUUCCAAUUCAUUCCAUUCUUUACAUGAUUGUGAUGAUACUCCUCGUGAUGAAAAGGUUUCCAUGUCAUUCCUUAAUUGCACAAGAUUGAAUCAAGAUUCAAUUAAAAACAUUGGGACAAAUGCGAUGCUUCAAAUUCAAUCCCUAGCACAGAGAUGGGCAAGGAGGAAAGGGAGGGGUUCUUUUCCAAAUCAAUUGUUAUGUAGUUUCCCAGGAAAUGAAGUUUCAGAAAAUGAGUUUGAGAAUCGAAGCGUGAGUUCUUGGAUAAAUUUAAAGAUAGCCCCAAAUGGGUGUAGCAGGAGCAGAUUCUUGACUUUUGCUAUCUGCUUUGUGGCUAAUCUCUCAGAUACAUACAGAAAUGUUGAAUUUAUCUGUAAAUACCAACUGACAGCCGCCAGUGGCGAAAAGUUCAUGAGUGAGUGUCGCGUUUCUAAGAGAUGGGACAAGAUCUUCAGUUAUCAUGUGUUCAUUGUGUUUAAUCAGGAUAUGAUCAUAAGAGACAAUUAUUACGAGGAAGCAUCAUUUGAGUUCUACAUCAGAAAUCGUGGCAGAGAAAUUAAAGUGAAGGAAUGUGGUGUUCAUGUAUUUUAUGUGGAUGAAGAGAGUUAUAGCAUUAGUGAUACAUCCAACCAGAAUUUUGAUUCUCAAGAAGAAACAAGGUUUAGCUUUAUUGGUGGUGAAGAUGGGGAUAGAGGGCCUAAAAGAUUGAAAUAUUUUCACUUCUUUUAAUCUUUGUGUAUGCAGAUGCGAGAUGGCAAUAAUGCCAUUGUCAUCCAAAUGCAUUGGAGGCAGUGGUGGUUUUUUAAUUCAUAGAAUCAGUGGUGGACUUGAUUCAGCUCCAUUGGUUUCAUGCCAUGGAUUGGGCAGUAAGUAAAUAUUAACAGCUUUGGAGUUACCAUCAAAAUCGGAUGCUCAAAAGCGUUAGACUUGAAUGCUUGUUGGAAGAAUCGGAGGGAUUGCAGCAGAAAGAAAAGUCGAGGGAUUCUACUGUAGCGUGGGAGGCUUGGCCUUGCACUUCAUGAUUUCGGUCACUAUUGCGGUUCGGGCUUCAAACCCAGUAUUUAGAGACAUGUUAGAGUGAUUUCCAUCACAAUUUUGUCCCACUAGAAGACCUUCACUAUGGGAUGACACACCAAUCACCAUUUGCCUGUGAAAUUAAAGUUAUAUUUUCAAUGAUGAAUUAUACUCAUACCUAUUUAAUUAUCAA